CCCUAACGUGUAUAUGUGGUGGUUUCCAGCCGCGAGGAUGUUGGUGGCUGCUCUGCUCAUUCUGGUCACUAAUUUGGAGCAGGUGGGAGCUUUCAGUCUGACCGUCACUGAGAGUCACAUAGAAGCCACAGCCGGACAAUCUGUGUACUUCCUGGUAAUGCCCAGUGAACAGGGAAGUUUUACUAUAACAUGGACAGUCAACACCAGCUCCACAAUCGCAUCAGCACAGGGAACAGCAGUGAAGUACUUUGGAGACUACCAGGGUCGGGCUGAGCUUUACCCCAACAAUGCCACUCUACGUCUGGACACAGUGACUCCGGCUGAUUCCGGUUCGUACUCAGUGAUUGUGUUUGAAUUAAGCCACGGAACAGCCACAGCAGCUUUACAACUGCGUGUUCACACUCCGGUGUCCAAUGUGAGCAUCAGUCUGAGUCCAGACAAGGAGAUAUUUAUCGAGAACAAAGAUACAGCGACACUAAGAUGUACAGCGAUGGGAUCGUUCCCCACCUAUUCCUGGGCACUGGAUGGAAACCCGUUACCUCUAACCCCACGUUACACACUGUCUGCAGAUAAUAGCACUCUGACAAUCAGCCCCGUACACAGGAGCGACAGUGGAGGGUUUAUCUGCACGGCCAGUCACCUGGUGGGCAGUGACAGCAGUAAACCAGUGAAGCUGGUGAUAACUUAUGGCCCUGAUCCACCCACAGUUGAAGUGAUCGGGCUGGAGCUAUGUGGCAGCUUGUUCUCAGGCCACUACUGUGGGAAGGAGGGAGAUUUAGUGACACUCAACUGUCAGACGAAAUGUUUCCCAGAGUGUAACUACAGGUGGACACAUAACACCGCGGUCAUUGCCGGCAACACCUCACAGCUGCCUAUAGAGAGCCUCACGUUCCAAAGCAGCGGGGAUUACACUUGCAAUGUGGAGAGCGAUUACACCACGAUUAGCCGCACGGAGAAGGUUUCAAUCCUCGUGUACAGGGCUCCCACACAGCAGAUCACAUGCGGAGCAGCAGAUAAAGGAACAGCAUUGGUGUUGAUGUGCUCCUGGGCUGGUGGGGUGCCAGACACUGUCCUUCAGCUGAAGGUCGGACAGACGAUUGUCAUUGAGACAAACGAGGGGAAUGUCACCAUCACAAAGGAUCAGCUCAGCUCCCGAGAGAUCUUCACAUGUGUUGGACGCCAUGUUGUCUCUGACAGUCAAUGCUCUAUAGUCAUUGAUAAACCCCAGAGAGCGUCAGGGUCUGAGCCUCAGGUGGAAGUGGGGAAGGAGGCAGAUGUGACCUUAGACGUGUCACUGACAGACACAGUGCGGGUGUCAGACCCUGGCCUGCUGCCCGCACACUUUACAUGGUCGAAGGAAGACAACUCCAUCACUGGCUCUGACGGCAAGUUCAACAUCACCUCAGGACUAACCUUCUCUAAACUGCUCAUCAGUAAAUUCCAGGCAACCGAUCAGGGCACAUAUCAAUGCCGUGUCACUAACGCAAUGGGAGAGAACUUCUUCCAAUUUGACGUGACUUUGAAAGGCGGAGUGAAUGUGGCCCUGAUAGUGGGGACAAUAGUGGGGGCUGUGGCUGUGGUGGUCAUUGCAACACUCGCUGUGGUGUACGUUUACAGGAAACGUAAGGAAGCCAAAACACAGCAAGAGACAGAGGGUGAACCACACUACGAGACCAUUGAUGUCAGAGCUUCCUCUGCCAAUGUCUCCCAGAAGGAUUCAGGCCCUUACAUGGACCUUGGAAAGCACCAAAAAGAUAUUUAUCACAAUUUACGUCGUAAUGGCACCAGGAAGUAGAUAGCUGUGACAACGUAGAUCGAUUUCAAGAUCCUUUCAAUCAUCUACAAAUCUCUUCAGGCUCUGGCACCUCCCUACCUCUCUCUCCGACCUGCUGACCCCCCCAACCCACUACCCACUGCCUCCUCUCGGCUGCCUCCGGCCUCCUGCGUGUCCCUCGUGCCCUCUGAUCCAUCAUGGGGGGUCGUAUUGUCAGACUUUGGAGUUCUCUCCCCCGAUCUCUCCGCCUUUCCACCUUUCCUCCCCUCUCCUAUCCUCGUCCCUCUUUCUCACGACUGAACAUCUUUCUCUUUGACCAUGCUCACGGUCACCUACUCCCUGUCUCUCCCUGACUCUGCGUCAGGCUCCACCACUCCGAGACGCUACCCUCGUAAAGGGCGCUGUGUAAAUACAAGUUGUUAUUGUUGUUGUUGUUGUUGUGACUUAUCGGCUCACUGAGAAGUUAAUGUUAUUUACCAGGAGUUCAGUAUUCAGGGUGAAACGUUGGGCAAGUUUCCUUACUCCACACACACAGACACAUACGCAGACACAGACUCACACACACACACAUACUCACAGAAACGCACACACACAGACAUACACACACAAACAGACAUGCACACACAGACACACACACGCGCGCGCGCCUCUGUUUACCAAGCAGAAAGUAAUCUCGCUUGUUAGUCAACAGCCAAUUAAUUGCACAGAGGUGUCCCACAAA